AUGAAGCCUUCGGCAGCCCUGCUGGAGGUCGUCGCCUGUGCCAUUCUCAUCGUGGUGAGCUUUGUGGGAAACACGUGCUUACUUUAUUCCACCAGGAAGUGCGCCACGGGGCGUCUGCAGACAUCUUUUCUUCUCAUUUUCAGUCUUCUGUCUGUCCACCUUCUGAAAAACCUGGUGGUGAAUGUCAUGAAGAUUGUUUAUUCUUCUGGCUUCACGUUGGAUUCAGCUGGCUGCAAAGUUCUGCACUUCACGGCCGCCCUGACCACUUCUCUGGCCAUCUGGUUCAUGUUACACUUUGCGCUGCUCUACCACCGGAAGCUGUACCUAGUCGUCUACCCCUUGAGGGAGGCUCCAAACCUGCACCAACAGAUGCACUCCUUGAAGGUGGUUUCUGCACUCUGGGGGGCCGGCGUGGCAGUGUAUAUCCCAGUUUUAAUUUAUGCUAGAAAACCAGAAUACGUGCAUGCAGGAAAUGAGACAGACCCCUUGUCUCAUGCCAGGAUUUACAUGGAUUGCCUAAUGGGCUUUGGGAGUAAGCAGGUAGGGUUUUACUAUGGGAAGAUAUUUUUAGUUCUGAUUGAUGUCCUGCCUUUAGCUGUCUUAGUCUUUGUCUGUCUCUGGAUGUUUUUCCUCCUUUCGGAGAGAAAGAAGAUGACAUACGGUGACAUCUGGAUUGGAGACGAUGAUUCAGAAGUCGAAACCCUUCGAGGAGCCAAGUUCAGUAUUUUAUUAAUGCUGCUGAUCACUCCACUUUGGAUCUCUCACUUCAUCUUAGUCUAUUUCUUGAAUGACUUGGCAAGGCAUGCCUUUAUCCCAGCUGUGCUCACAGCCCUCUCUUCAGGCUUCUCUGCCCUGAGUCCGUUCCUGCUUAUGCUGGUUAAUUACAAAAUGAAGCUGGUGUCCUUCUGUGGUGCCAGAGUGGAAAAACCCACACCACAGCCUGCGAAUGUUAUUCUUUCUCCAUAUGCUUAG